AUGACACAUGCACCUCCUCCUCCACCACCUCCUCUUCCCCCUACGAAAGCUGUGAAAUCAUCAGAUACAAUAAUUUCACUGCCCAAGCCUCGUCCUAUGCCUCCUCAGGCUUACAAUGGACCUCUCGUCGACAACGUCCGCUACAUGGCCGCGAAUACAAGCGCAUUAGAUAGACCAUUCCAGCCCUGCUAUAUGUUCUUCUAUGGCUCACUUAUGGAUCCUGAAGUCAUCCAAGCAGUCCUCAGCCUAGCAGACCUUCCGACAACGAGAUCCGCCACUAUCUCCGGCUUUCAGAUCAAAAUGUGGGGUAUAUAUCCAGCUUUAGUACCCAGCACAUCUGGAGCAGUCACUGGCGUUGUAUGGAAGGUCGAUUCAGAAAAACAUUUUGAGCGUCUAGCUGCGUAUGAGACCUCUGCAUACGACUGGCUGGAGUGUGAGGCAAUGUUGGGAGAUGGUACUGUGCUGCCUAGAUGUCGCACAUUCUGUUGGGCUGGACGACCAGAUAGCAAUGAACUCGAAGAAGGUCAUUUCGAUCUGCAAAGAUAUCAAAGGUACUUCAAGCCAUCUGUCACUAGGCGUCGAUCGCCUGCACCUUGA